CGUAAGACACCAAGCCGCAGCUGCGCUGAUCACUGAUCCAAGGUGAACCCUCACGCACACACACACACAUACACGCGCGCACACACACACACCGCACACACACACAUACACUCCCACACAGCCGGAUCUUUACUGGGAAUCGAAGCGCGCUGUCGGAGACGCAAUGUUGGUCAAACUGGCCGUGGCGCUGCUGGUUUUGUCAGUGCUGGAGCAAGUGGUGGGAUCGGAUAAUAUUGAUAUCCACGACAGCCUCCCGGAGAAGCCUGCGAGCCAGAAAGGACGCCUCUCCCUGCAGAACACAGCUGAGAUCCAGCACUGCCUGGUGAGUGCAGGGGAUGUCGGCUGUGGUGUGUUUGAGUGCUUUGAGAAUAACUCCUGCGAGAUACGAGGGCUGCAGGAAAUCUGCAUGACGUUCCUGCACAACGCUGGCAAAUUUGACUCUCAGGGAAAGUCCUUCAUCAAGGAUGCUCUGAAGUGUAUGGCGCACGGUCUACGGCACAAGUUCAGCUGUAUCAGCAGGAAGUGUGUGUCCAUCAAAGAGAUGGUGUUCCAGCUCCAGAGAGAGUGCUACAUCAAACACAACCUCUGCUCCGCUGCGAAGGAGAAUGUUGCCGUCAUGGUGGAGAUGAUCCAUUUCCAGGAUCUCUUCCCUAAAGGUCCAUAUGUGGAGCUGGUGAAUAUUCUCCUGAGCUGCGGAGAGGAGGUGAAGGAGGCAUUGACACGGAGCGUUCGGCUACAGUGCGAGCAGAACUGGGGGGCUCUGUGCGACAGCCUGAGCCUCUGCUCCUCCCUGGCUCCCUCUCCCGCCGGCUCUGCCGCCGAACACCACCGCCGCCCCUUGCCCUCCCACCCUGAGCCGGAGCACCCUCGCCCGCCGCGGCAAGGCGACAAGGACAAACCCGGUAAGGCGGGCUUCAACGCUCACCCACGCAAUCGCAGUCAGGGACCGCGCCGCCAGAGUCCAGAGGCCGAAGUGGUGGCUGAGCAGGAAGACCUAGAAGGCCACUGACAUCCGGAGGUGAAAGCGCAGGAGACUGUCCCACCUGUUGACCCGCUACAACGUUUAAAAAAGCCACACUUGCAGACUUAUGCACACCUCCACGCAAAAACACACCCUCGCAGACACACACACACACACACACACACACACACACACACACACUGCUCUCCACACACACACACACACAAAUUCCCAGACAGACUGAGCAGAAGGAAACAAGCCCCGACCUUUCCUGUCCUUAUUCCACCCUCUCCAGUCAUUCCAGCAGUCCCACACGUUAAACUUGCAGGGUAAUUGUGGUGUAGCUUGUACUGUUAUGCCAGACUGUAGGCCACGAUUUUUUUUAAAUGGAAUAAUAAUUGUUAUUAUCAUGAUUAUUUCAACUGUUAGGACUAUUUUGGCUCUAAUAUAGCAUUUCUCAAAUCAUACUUACUGUAAGAUUUGAUUAUAUUUGUAUUAUUUAUUUUAUUCUUUAUGCAAUGUUGAAAUAUCAAAAUGUACAUAGAAAUAUACUUAUCUAUAUUUAUAUAAACAUGUAUAAAUAUAGUUACAAUAUGCAAUACUGAUAUACUAUAGAUGACAUAGUAUAUGGUGUGCUGUCUGUUGUUCUCUUCACAGUAUUGCACCCAUCACACAUUGGUCUGUAGAUAUGUAACAUACACCAUUUGUUGUUUCAGAGUGGGAAUGUGUAUUAUAAUUAUAGAUACUUGAUGGUUAAAUACAAAUUGUACAGGUUUCAAGUCCACUUCUGGCACAUAUGAAUUGUAGUGCAUGAUGGCCACCAAGCCAACAAACUUGUGCAUUCUUAAAGUGAAAAUCCAUUUAAAAGAGGAUGCAAAUGUAAUACUAUGAAUAUGGACAGUUAUUUCACACUUGUAUGUAUUGAUAGGUCUCUCACAAAGCUAGAAAUAAGAGAGCCAAGACUGAUCUCUGAUGUCAUCAAGCACUGCUCUCUGGGCAGCAAUGAAUGGGAGACCUAGCACAGCAGGUGCGGUCUUAUGGACUAUUGUUUCAUAGUGCAACUCUGACGUGUUUCGUGGGGAUGCAGAACGUAUCGCAUCGCUCUCAUUCAUUGUUAAUAGAGCCUCAGAAACUGUGUCUCCAUGACAUUACAGAUUAAUGCCAUGUUCAUAGCUUCAGGAGAUAUUAUUGUUCUUGUUCACGAAUCAUAACUGAACUGUCAAAUGUUAUACAUUCUCUUUGAGUUGCUUUUCCAUCCAACCAUCAGCUAUCAGUGAAGUGCAGCAAAGAGAGGACGCUUCAUCAGGCUUUGAUGCUGAGUCGUCUCAAAUGUAAAAUCACACACAUCAAGGUGCCUAAACUUGUUAUUGUCCACAGUGACCGCUUCUCUGUGAUUUAAGUGAAUGGAUGACACUGUGUCAUGGGGACAUUUCAUUUGCGAACAAUUUGAGGAUGACGUUGAGCCACAAAAGUCUUAGAUUUUGCACUUUGGAUGAUUGUCAGUUUGUGUUGGACUGCUGCAGGUUCAGACGUAAGGCCAGGUUCCCAGAGCAGUCGCCCUCUAAUCGGACUUUACUGUAUAGGAUAUUUCAUUCGGGCCACCCUGAUUACUCAGCUAACUAACUACAGCACCUACAGCAAGUCCUGUAUCCCCACAUGCUCCUUAGGACCAGAUUGAGCCCCUUCUUUAGAAGAGUUAUGUUACUCUUUUGUGGUGUCCCAGUGGGCAGGAAAGAGGCUUGACAGAAACCCUCCAGAUCUCUGGCUCCCUAAAUUAGCCCUUAUUCCUCUCUGGUCCCUUACCUAGGUCAGGAGAGGCAUGAAGGCCUGUUAUUCUACCCGUUAGAGCCGCAGGCAACACAGCAAGGACCCAGGAACUGGGUUAAGUCCACACACGGGGGCUCUGGCGCUGUUAUUCUAAAUGUUAUAUUUACCGAGGCCACCAGAGAAUUCCUCUGGGCCACAGCCAAGAGCCAGCAACACAGAGAGGCAGAGAGGAGUGUGGAGCGAGAAGGAGAGAGACAUGCUCAACCUUUUUUUAUAUAUAUAUAUAUACGUGAUGAUUCACUCCAUCUUUACUUCUGCUAGUACUCUUCCUCUCGUCCUCCUUUAGGUCACAGACACAAGCUUUUGACCAUUUCAGGCCAGUCACAUGCUUUAGCUGUGGAAGUGCAGUUUGGGAGCAUGCUACACCACAUGCUGGGGAGCGAUUGGUGCAAAAAGAAAAUAAAACUUGCUCAGAUUUUGUGGCUCAGUUAAGGGGGUUUUCACUUUUUUCCCCAUGAUGUACUUACAGUAAGGCAACGCUUUUCCUCCGAAUUAUUUAGUCACUAUUAUAAGCUCCAAGAGACUGAAUCAUCCGUGAGGCUUUCAGGCUUUUCUUUUUUUAUUCUGUUGUGGAAGUUGGGAUUCCUGUGACAUCCCAGCACGAGACAUAAGCUAAUCCUAUUGAGAAUGUACUGUAUGUGUGUAAAGUGACAAUCUGUUUCAGCUCUUUGUCAUUAGGUUUGAUAUGGCUUUUUGUAAUAAUGUAGUGGCUUGAAUGGCUGUUCUUUAUGUGUUCAGAGGAAAAUAAAACUAACCACGUUUCCUGUAUUGUUAGUGCUCAAUCACCACAUUAUGUGUUUUCCUCUGUUAAGCACAGAGACUCUGCUUUCACCGUUGAAAAUACAGAACAUGGUCUAGAAGUUUGUAACUCACCUGUAAGACAUUGGGCAUAUGAUCUUAUAAAUAUCUUUGGACUUAUGA